GAAGGUGUGGCCUCCAUGAUCCAGUCAGGGAGGCUGCGGAGCGACAACCCUCGAACCCAGACACGGUCGUUGGCACUGGUCCCAAACAAGAAGAUGCUUUCUUCGAGUCUCACCGUGCUGCUAACAUUAUUCAGCCUGGCAGCAGGCAAACACAAAGACUUUUAUGCUUUCAAAGUUGUGAACAGUCGAGGGAAAUUAGUGUCACUUGAAAAAUACCGGGGCUCGGUGUCCCUAGUGGUGAACGUGGCCAGUGAAUGUGGUUUCACCGAGGAACACUACAAUGGCCUUCAGAAACUGCAACGGGACUUUGGGCCAUAUCACUUCAAUGUCCUGGCAUUUCCUUGCAACCAAUUUGGACAGCAGGAACCUGGGAGUGACAAGGAGAUUGACAGCUUUGUGCGUCGAGUCUACGGCGCCUCUUUUCCCAUCUUUAGCAAAAUUGCUGUUGUAGGAACGGGAGCUAACAAUGUCUAUAAGUACCUCGUUGAAUCCUCUGGUAAGGAGCCUAACUGGAAUUUCUGGAAAUACCUUAUCAAUGUAGAUGGAAAAGUGGUGGAUGCAUGGGGGCCAAAGGUUUCUGUUGAAGAAUUACGCCCAAAAGUAGCUGAUAUGGUGCGGCAGAUAAUCCUUAAGAAGAAAGAAGAGUUGUAAUAUCCUCCUACACCUUCUCACCUGUGGACUCCACUCAUGUGUAUAUUCAAAUGAACUUGGAUUUUUUGAAUAAACCUGCUUUCAUAACA